UUUAAUAUGAAUCGUACAAAAGCCAAACUAAUCAAUUUUAUCAAAAUUAAUUAUUUGGUUUUUAAAAAAUUGAAAAUUAGUCAUGUAUCCUAAUGAAAUGAUAAAAUUUUCAGAACAUAAAAUUUAUUAGUUUGGUUUCUGCCUGACUCUCAUUACAAUAAAUAUCUUAAUGUAUUAUAACAAAUAUUACAUAUUACAAUUUAUUAUUUUUAUCAUAAUUAAUGAAGUAUACAAAGACUAUUAUAUGAUUCAUUUAAUAUUGUAAUAUAUUCUUCUAUAAGAUUUACUGCAAUUGAAAAACCCUGUGUAUGAUAUUUAAGUUCUUUCAUACUGAUCAAAUGAUUUAAUAGUUCAUUUUUUUUCAAAUUUAAAAUUAAUUUUGCCAUAUUAUAUAUAUAUAUUUUAUCUUCUGAUGUAAGAGAAUUUCCAUAUAUUUUUAUAUUCCAAUGAUCCUUCUGUAAUUGUGUAUUCAUUAUAAAUAAUGUACAUAUUGCAUUAUAAUUUAAGCCAUCUCUUAUAAAUGCCAUAUUUUUUUGUAAAUUAUUGGAAAUAAUGAAAUCUAAUUUAAAUUUCGGGAUAUCAAAACAAAUUUUUAUAUCAGAAAUAUCGAAAUAAAUUUCAUCUAAUGGAUUAUAUGGUAUAAAGAAACCAUAGUGGAUGUAUAAUUUAAGACUAUUAUGUGCACCAUAAUUAAUAAAAACUUGUGACUCUGAAUUAAAUGAAUUUAAAGUAUUAAUUUGAUAGAAUUUAUUCCCAUUUUUGUUUGUAACUACAGAUGCGUGUAUAGUGCUAUAUAUACUGUGAUUAAAUAAAUCUAAGAAAGGUGCUAAAGCUAAAUUAUUUGGAUGUUUUAUAUUAAUAUUAAUAUUUUGAUUUGUCUCGAUUUCAGCUUCAUCUAUGUAUAUAGCUCUUGUAUUAACAAUAUAAUAUGCCCAUUUGUACUUUUCAAACGUGAUUAUUUUUUUAAGAUGUAAAUUACAAUGAGAGCAAUGAUCUUCUUUAUUUAACUUUAAAUUAUUUAUAGAUUUAAUUAGUAAUCGAAAAUCAUUACAUACUUUAUGAAACUCAUGCAUAUAAUCUAUAAUAAAUUUUGGCAAUAGAUUCUUUUCUUUUUGUGUACAAAAAUCUGGAUUUGUUAAAUUUCUUGGUAAACUAUUGAUGUAAUGAUGCCACUUUGAUGCAUUUCCUAAAUGUGAUUCAUAUGUAAUAAAUGCUGCUAAUACACACUGUGCACUAUAAUGGUCAAUAUUUGAAAAUAAAAUAUUGACAUUGCUUUGAGAUAAUAUAGAUGUUGUUAUUAAGAUUUCAUAAGGUAAUUUGAUUAAUAUAUCAUUGAUUUUAAUAUCUUUCAAUGUUUUUAAUCCUCUACCAGUAAUAAGAAAGUUAAAUGGAGUAAGAUUAUAAACUGAUGAACAAUUCUUUGUUAAUAACCAAGAUUUAAGGUGCAUCAAACUGUCUUCUUCAUUUUCUGUUAUUUCUUUAAUGUUUAGCUUCUUCUUUUGAUGACGUUUUCUUGAAGUUCUACCCAUUAUGUAAAUGGAAUAUUACCCUAAUUCCAAAGGCAGAGUACAUUGGAUUACGUGUCAAAGUGUAAGAUAAAACUCCUUCGUGAUAAAUAAUUUGUCUUCGUGAUUUAAUUGAACAUGUCAUAAACGAUCUGCUCCAAAGUUUCUUUUCAUUAUAACCAAUUCGUAACAUACGGUGACAUAGAAUAAUGUUUAACAUUAUGAUGAAAAUAUUUAUUCACAAAUGGAGAUACAAAGACAAAAUUCACAAAUUAGGUUAUUAGAUCAUGAUAGAAGUGCAAGUCCAAUAACCUAUACCUGCUAUGAAAUACUAUACAUAUAUUUAUUACAUCAUAUGCCUAUUAUACUAUAUAUAUUAUCCAUCUACAAGUAUAUUAUAUAUACUAUCCAGUAUGUAUGUUCACAUGUGUACAUGCAAUGCAAGAAAUAAAUAUUAUUGUUCUCUUAUCAGACUAUAUGAAAUUCAAUCACAUUUAAAUAUUAAAUUUUUGCAUAUUUAUAAUACAUUUUUUUGAGAUCUGACAAUUUAAAAUAUAAUUAUAAAUAAGCUUAAACUUCAUGAAAAUAGACAUAAUAUAGAUCCUGUAACAUGAUUUUCAAUCCGAUUCCUUACGCAUAUAAUAAAGUAAUACCUUCUUUUUCAUAAAAGAAUUCUUGUGUUGCUGUAUUUCAAGUGAAGACUUGAUAAAAUAUAUUAUAAAGAUAUGUACAAAGGUGUAGAUAUAUAUUCAGUAAUUUUGCAUAAUGAAAAAUGAAUAACUUCUUAUAUCUAAAGACAAAUCACAUGAUAUCUUUCAAGAAUAAGGUCAAAAGUGAAAGCUUAAAAUGUUAAUCAUGUGCGUUAUACCUGUUGAAUAUGUGACUAAUGUUAACAUCGAGAGAAAACGAAUUCCACAGUUACAAAGUGCAAUACAAAAAUGUUUACGAAGAAAAUUAUAUUUACUUUAUUGAGAAAUGGAAAUGUAACCAGAACAAUCUUAUGUAGUAAUUAUAAUGUGUAUUGUGAAAGACAAAGAAAUGUACAUAUUUCUAUACAAAGGAAAUUUCAUUUACAUCAAUUCAACAAGGUUGAAGCAAAGCUUGCAGGAAAUCAAAAACCAGAUUGGAAUAGAGCUGUUUCAGAAGCAGAGAAAAUUGUUGGAUAUCCAACAUCAUUUCUAAGUUUACGAUGGCUUUUAAGUGAUGAAAUAGCGAAUGUAGCUUUGCAUUUGAGGAAACUAGUAGGAUCUAAUCAUCCUUUAUUAAAAACAGCCAAAAGUGUUAUCUAUAAUGGACGUAACAAUAUGCAAGCAUGGGGUCUUAUUGUAUUAUUAAUUUCAAAAGCUGCUGGUCAUUUGGGUGUAGAUGAUAUGGAAGAAGAUAAAGCUGUAGGUGUAUUGCACAGUCAAAGAGCUUUAGCAGAAGUAACUGAAAUGAUACGUACAAGUCAUCUUGUUCACAAAGGAUUGGUAAAUAUAGAACCUGACGUCUAUUUAGAAACAUCUGAAUUAAAUGAUAUGAAUUUUGGUAAUAAAAUUGCAUUAUUAAGUGGAGAUUAUUUAUUAGCAAAUUCUUGUGCUGAAUUGGCAAACCUUCGCAAUCAAGAUAUUGUAGAAUUAAUGUCAAGUGCUGUAAGAGACUUAGCAGAAGCAGAAUUUGUAGGACGUAGAGAUAACCAAAAUAAUCCUUUACCUUCUGUACCACCUGAUGAUCGCAAGGAUUAUGCAGUAAAGGAAUGGACUCUUAGAAAUGUUUUAAGUGCUGGUGCCUUGUUAGGAAAAUCAUGUAAAGGUACAUUAAAAUUAGCAGGACAUAGCAAUGAAAUACAAGAACAAGGUUACAAUUUUGGAAAACACUUAGCAUUAGCUUGGCAAGCUUGUUUGGAUUUAAGUCCUUUUAUUACAAAAGAUCAAAAUGUAACAUUCAAUCUGUGUUCUGCACCAAUUAUGUUUCAUAUUGAACAUGACCCAUCAAUUUUAAUAGAAAUUGAUAAAGGUUUGGAAUCUGUGAAUAACAUAGAUUAUGUUAAGAUUCAUAAAAUUGUUAUGAUGGGGCCUGGAGUUGAAUUAACAAAACAGUUACAAAAAAGACAUUCACAAAGGGCAAUGGAAGUUUUAAGUGUAUUUGAAAAAAGUGAUGCAAGAACGGCAUUAUGUAAUAUUAUAGCAGCUAUGGGAGACUUCUGAAUAACUCAAUUAAAAACUAAUAUAUUUUAUAUAUUAAUAUAUAAAAU